AUGGAUUUCUGCAAACCCUCUAGUUUGAGAGCUCACGUAAAAAGAAAACACCCAGAUAAAUUGGAUGAACUUGCACCAAUGAAUAGAAAUCCAUCUGGUUCUGGUAAUCAUUUAUGUAGUGAAUGUGGUAAAUGCUUUGCAUCAUUUGGUAAUCUGAGGUUGCAUGUUAAGCAUAAACAUUCCGAGACUAAUUUGGUUAUCGACAUAAACCAAAAUCAUGCAGAGAUUUCUGGCUUAGCAAAGUCUCUUAGUAUCACUAGACCAGUCAGUAAUGGACAGCAGCAAGUUGAUGAGAGAAAGAAAAAACUGCUUCACCGUGUUCAAGAACAGCUUCUUUAUGUCAAUUCCCUGGAUGAAAUUGAAGCUGCUGAAAGGAUACUUGCCCCUCUAGAGCCAACCCUUGCUGCUGUAAGAAAUCAGCAGCAAUCGACAUCUAAUUUCAUGAAUUCUUCAAGUAGCACGCCUCACAACAAAAAUAUACAACCCCAAAGGCGUCUAUUUGCAGCAAAGCAAUGUCGGAAAAAGAAGAAAACCCUAGAAAAGCCUUCAGCCGAGGAGGCAGAUAUUAACCAAUACAAGUUUGGGUAUUGCGGUUUUUUCAUAAAUUCAGAAUGUGAAAAUCUGUUAGAGCAUCAGUGCUUUAUAGAUUUUUUCAAUGAGGAAGAUCAUGAAUUGAUGACUGAUGAUAAUAAUGUUUUAACUGUUGUCAUGAAGAAUACCGGAACAAAAGUGUCGAAAGCUAACUCUCUUUACAUAAAUUCAAUAGGUUGGGAAGAACAUUUUAUUAGUCUUGUACAAGAAAGGCCAGGCUUAUAUAAUAUGGGCUUGCCUGUGCUACAAAGAACAAAUGCCAAAAAGCUCCAACUCUGGAGUGAAAUUUCCAAUAUAUUUGGAAAUAAAAUUUCGGCAGAUGAACUGGCCAAAAAGUGGAAAUAUUUCAGAGACUGCUACAUAAGAGCAAAAAAAAAAAAAAAUGUCUAUCAGACUAGUAGCUCAGGAGCCAUGCCUUUACCUGAUCCAGGGUUUAGGCAUUACUACCUAAUGAAAUUUAUAGAUGACGGGGAAAGUCAACAGACGACAAUUUCGUCUGUGGCCACAACUCCCACCAGCAUUAAAAUUGCGAUACCAGGAACAUCUGGCUCAAGUACCCCAAUGCCAGGAACGCUUCGUACAAGCCCAGCAAUACCUCGCACAAGCCCAGCAAUACCUUGCACAAGCCCAGCAAUAGCGUCGUCGAAUGACUUGUUUUGCCCUACGGGUGUCCCUACAUUAAAGAGUGAGUGA